AUGGCGUCCACCACGUUUCGCUUGUUCACCCGCCGACAAUUCCAGUACUGCUCCACUCCGAAUCACUCGUACACCGGAGGUCUUGCUUCAUUCCUAUUAUAUUCUACCAAAUCAAAAUCAUCAUCUGCCAAAAUGAGUCUCCCGAAAGUUUUUUUCGAUAUGACCGCCGAUGGUGAGCAAUUGGGCCGCAUCACGAUCGAGCUUCGCAGUGAUGUUGUACCAAAAACAGCUGAAAAUUUCCGUGCCUUGUGUACAGGCGAAAAAGGUUUUGGAUAUAAAGGAAGCAUUUUCCACCGUGUCAUUCCCAACUUCAUGUGCCAAGGUGGAGAUUUCACCAACCAUAAUGGCACUGGAGGAAAAUCCAUCUACGGAAACAAGUUUGAAGAUGAGAAUUUCACAUUGAAGCACACCGGUCCUGGUAUCCUGUCUAUGGCCAAUGCUGGAGCCAAUACAAAUGGUAGUCAAUUUUUCAUUACCACUGUUAAGACAUCGUGGUUGGACACCAAACAUGUUGUUUUUGGUGCUAUUGUCGAUGGUAUGGAUGUUGUCAAGAAAAUCGAGUCCUAUGGUACUCAAAGUGGCAAAACUACCAAAAAGAUCACUGUCGCUAAUUGUGGACAAUUGAGUUAAUUUUUUGUUUUACAAUUAAAUGUCAAACUUAUCAAAUAUUUUGGAACAAUAAUAAAUGUCAAAUGUGUUUCUACUUAAAAAUGUUUUAUGCAUUUAUGUUUGGUAUUCUGGAUACACUAAUUGAUUAAUAAUACAUUCUAAAUAGUUAAUAAUGUA